AUGGCGGCGACAGUCACAGUUCAUGCUUUGGACGCGGGUCAUAUCACCAUUGCCGAGCGCUUCUUCAUUGUCCCGUCUGAUCCAGACGCCAAACAUACCGUGCCCUCAUUGUCGUUCCUCGUUCAGCACAAGAACCCUUCCACUGGCCAAAUUACCCGUAUCGUCUGGGAUCUGGGCAUGCGCCGUGAUCUCAACCUCUAUCCGGCGGCACUUCAAACUCAUAUAGAAUCUCGACGGCCCGUCGACACCAUGCCUGACGUAGUGGCUUCGCUGUCUCGAGGCGGCCUCACCGUUGAUGACAUCGACUACGUCAUGUUUAGCCACGUGCACUAUGACCAUGUCGGCAUGCCACGCGAUUUUACCAAUCCCAAGACAAAGUUUAUUGUCGGUAACGGCGCCCUCGAUCUUCUUAGCGGAAAGACAAAGCACGAUCUGGGCAAGCACAUGGUUUUUGAGGCGGAUCUAUUACCGACUGACCAAGCUGUCGAACUGCCUCCCAACGACAACUCUUUAGCCGAUAGUCCAUACCAAUGGACACCACUUGCCAGCUUUCCACACGCCAUCGAUUUCUUUCACGAUGGCAGUGUCUACAUCCUCGAUGCCCCAGGUCAUCUCCCCGGACACAUGAAUCUGCUGUGCCGCAUCUCCAGCAACCCGACCAAGUACGUCUGUCUGGCGGGCGAUUCCUGUCAUGACGUCCGUCUGUUGAGUGGAGAGAAGGAUAUUGCUACGUGGACUGAUGAGACUGGCCGACAUUGCUGUAUACAUGUCGACAUCCCUAAAACCAAACAAACACUGGCCAGACUUUAUUCGGCGUCUAAAGACGGCAUUCACCUCGAUGGUGAGGCAGCCAAUGCCCAAGUUGAAAUCGUUCUCGCGCAUGACUAUGCGUGGGAAGCAGAUGCUAAGAAGGCCGGCAAGUUCUUUCCUGGCGCCUUGAAGUAG